AACUGCAUCGUCAACAUCCGGCGACACGUCUCCUCAACGCGCCGCCGAGCUGACUGAUGCAUCUUUAUAUUAUUUAAACCUCUGCAGACUGUCUGUCCUCCGAUUAUGCUUUACAUGAGGCUUUUUGAACAUUUCAAAGACAAUUUAUAGUGCAGCUAACCUGCUUUAGUCAACGCCAAAUGGGGGAGGUGAGGAAGCUGCAGAAGAAGUUGAGACAGAUUGAAAAUCUGGAAAUAAAAAUAAGUCUCACCCCAGAGGAGAGAUUUAAGAUCUCCAGGAAGGCGGAGCUGCGUUCCAGAUUGGCUGAGCUUCAGCUGCAGCUUUCUGGCCCGCAGCAAACUCUUGGGAUUGUGGGAGACGGAAAAAAGGAGAAGAUGAAAAGACAAGUAGAGGACGCCCCUGAGUCCCUUCCAUCACAAACGCCUCCAGCCUCCAAGAUCCUGAAGGCAGGAAAGGAGUCCAAGGCUCUAACAAGGCCGGCGCUGGCAGCCAGGCAGAGGGAGGCAAGAGACGAGGCCGGGACAGAGAGGAACGAGGAAAGGACGGAGCCGGCCAAGGUGUCACAUCAGAGCGGAGACACGUCAGAAGGCCGUCCAGGCCUCGACGAGGAGCAGCGGCUGCGACGCGAAGAAGCUGAAUUCACGUCCCUCAAAGCAUCUUGGGAGAAGGCGAAGUUCCGCCUGAGGUUGUUGGAGGGUCACAACGACAUCGUAACCUGUGUGGUUGCUGUUGACAACCUGGUGGUUUCUGGAAGUCGAGAUACGACGGUGAAGGUGUGGCACGUUCCCACGGCAACAGAGCACAAGAACCUGGGAGGGCACACUGGUGGGGUCACCUGUCUGUCUGCACCUCCCCCUGAGUACUGCCAGAGGCUGGCCCGGUCCCUGUCCUUGUCCGACAAAGAGAGGUUUAUUUUGAGCGGCUCGGCGGACUGCUAUGUGAAGAUCUGGGCCUUGAGCAUCGGGCAGUGUGUUAAGUCUCUCUACACGUUCAACGCGGUGACUGCUCUCUGCUUCGUGGCUGAGGAAGACGGCUACAUCGUCACCGGAUCAGACGGGGGGAAAGUUCAGGCCUGGAGCUGGCACACUUUGCAGAACUGCCAGUCGGUCAACGCGCACCAGGAAGCAGUCACAUCCAUCCAGUCUCAGGGUCCGCUGGUGUUCAGCGGCUCAGCCGAGGGAGGGGUGUCUGUGUGGGAGAACCGAUGCUCGGAUCGAGACCCCCUGAGGCUGCUGCAGCACUGGAGCGCCCAGGUGAUAGGUUUGAAAGAGGGGCCGGGCGGCCGCGUGACCCUCAGCCCGCGCGGGGACAAGGUGUUCGUGGCUUACGGCCGAGCCUGGCUCAAGACCCUGCACUGGAAGACCGGAGCAACAUCCAAACUGACCAACCACAGCAGCACCACCGGAGUAACAGAUUGUGUUCACCAGACAGGAGGCCUCCUAAUUGGCUCCUGCUAUGAUCUGGCGAACGGAGAGAGCAUGCUAAACCUGUUCUCACUUCCUCAGUGUCGGUAUCUGGCCUCUCUGACCUGGCCCGACGCUCCCAGAAUCCUCUGCUUCGCGGCGUGGACCACUGGGAGCGGAGACCACCGCUGGGUCACCGGGGGUCGUGACCUCAUUGUGUGGGAGCAGCUCCCCAGCUCAGGGAAACAGAGAGGUGACAUCACGGUGAAGAGAGACGGCCGAAUGGACUCCUGCUUUCUGGAGUCAGAGGGGGACACGGAAGAUGACGAGGAGACCGACGAUUACGAGGAUGAUGGGGACGACGACGAAGGAGAGCGCGGCCGAUCUGACGGCGCGGAGGACGAAGGGUCCGGAUCGUGGCUCCGCUGUGCUCUUCAGUGAGCGAACGGCUUCUCUGGCUGAGGACGCCACAGCCCCGCAGGAAACGAGAGGGUGGGAGUGUGGUGACAGCGAGGGAGGGUGGAGGGGAGUGAAGUGUGACACACUAAGCAUCAGCGUCGGAGGAGGGAGCAUAUGGACGGAGAAAGUGUGUGAGUGUACGUGUGACUGAUAGGCAGUCUGUUUUCUAUGUAAAUAUUAUUUUUACAAACAAUAAAGCUGUCACACUGUGACCCCCGGCUCCAAAUCUG